GGCAGCUAGCGGCAGCGGCGUCACUGCCGAUAAUAAUCCCUUUUCCCGUUCGAGGUCGAUGGAAAACAAUUCAGAUGUUAAAAAAGAUGAAGAUGGUUACCGGAAGAAGUAUGUAUCUCUUAAACACAAAUGUGAGAGUAUACAGCUGGACAAUGAGAAGUGCUUAAACAGACUGUAUUAUGUGAAGAAGGCAGUACGGAAGAUGUCUAGAGAGAGAAGGUUUCUGACGACCAAACUGGACAAGUACGGUGACAACUACAAGAAUGCUACUCUUACUCUGCCGAUUGAGGAUGACUCCAUGCUACAACUCCUAGGUAUCAACAGCCCCAUAGCACCAAGCUUCCCGGCGUCCCGUGGACUCGCUGGUCUCGUUACCAAAUCGCAACGCAGCAAGUCAUCCAGAGGACGCGCUGGACGCGUCGGCCGUGUAGGACGGCCAAGAUUGAUCUCUGAGAUGACGUCACACGACAACCGUCCAUCGGGUAGAGGUGGCAAGAGGAAGAGAAUGCCAUCUCAAAAUAAGCAGGAUAAAGAAAAAGAUCCACUUGCCCCCAAGAAGCCGGCCAAUGCCUUCUUGAUGUUCUGUCAGACAGAGAGGCAUACGAUGCAGGGAGAAUCAUCUUCCAAGGAUCCCGAAGGAGGCGACAUGAGCCAUCAAGAAUUGACUCGCCAACUUGCUAAGAGGUGGAACUACCUGGAAGCAGGCGAGAAAGAGACUUACUACACAAUGUAUGAACGUGACAAGGAUAGAUACCACAAAGAAAUGAAGGAGUACAUUCAGUCCAACAACCUUGAUCCACCCAUGGUGACGAACCCCACGCCACAACCCCAGACGGACACUGUCACAGCCACCACCAGGAUCGGAUCCGUCAUGAACGGCCAAACUAUCCCGAAAAAGGAGCCAGUUAUUAUCAAAAGUGAACCUAUACCAUUGAGUAGUUAUAGAUCAACUAGUUAUGGCUCACCGACUUCCACACCGAAAACAUUGACAACCACUUCUACCAAUUCUGGGAUGAACAGAGUCAAGAAACCCGAGGUAGCUGUUCAAGUCAAGAAGGAAGUGAAGAUGGAUAGUUUUCCUCCGAAGACAAAACCAAUUCUUCAGCUUAAACCUGUCUUAGAAGGCGAUGAUCCGUAUCAUUUUGAUGACGACUAGGCUAAGAAUCAAUCUCUUACUACUACUACUAGUAAUAAUAAUAAUAAUAAUAAUAAUAAUAAUA